AUGUAUUACAGUAAUAAAAUGUCAAAAGUAAUUACAGGAAAGCAAUACUCUUGGUCAGAGUUAGCCAAACAUAACACUGAAAAUGAUUGUUGGGUUGCAGUCGAUGGUAAAGUUUAUGAUAUUACAAGAUGGGUACCAUUACAUCCAGGUGGUAAAGAAGUUUUACUUUUAGCAGCAGGUAGAGAUGUUACAAAUUUAUUUGAAAGUUAUCAUCCAAUGUCAGAUAAACCAACAUCAAUUUUAAAGAAUUAUGAAAUUGGAUAUAUUUCAUCAUAUGAACAUCCAAAAUUUGUUCAAAAAUCAGAUUUCUACAAGACAUUAAAAGAGAGAGUUAGAAAACAUUUUAAAGCAACCGAUCAAGAUCCACAAAUGGCAGUUAGUAUUUUCUCACGUUUAGCAUUGGUUUAUCUUUUAGUGUUUGUAACUUACUAUUUAGCACAUUAUACCAGUAACAAUUUUUAUUUAAAUUGUUUCUUGGCAAUCGUUUACGCACUUUGCAACUCAUUAUUCUCAAUGCAUAUGAUGCAUGAUUCAUGUCAUGCUGCCAUUUCACAUUAUCCAGGCGUAUGGAAAUGGAUGGGCGCAUCAUUUGAUUUCGUCACUGGUGCUUCAUUCCUUUCAUGGUGUCAUCAACAUGUAAUUGGUCAUCAUAUUUACACCAAUGUAAGAAAUGCCGAUCCAGAUCUUGGUCAAGGUGAGGUCGAUUUCCGUAUUGUCACUCCAUUCCAAACUCGUUCAUGGUAUCAUAAAUAUCAACACAUUUACGCUCCACUCCUCUAUGGUAUUUACACACUCAAAUAUCGUACUCAAGAUUGGGAAGCUUUUGUAAAGGAUGGUAAAAAUGGUGCAAUUCGUGUUAGUGUCGCCACAAAUUUCGAUAAGGCCGCUUACGUCAUUGGUAAAUUGUCUUUUGUUUUCUUCCGUUUCAUCCUUCCACUCCGUUAUCAUAGCUUUACAGAUUUAAUUUGUUAUUUCCUCAUUGCUGAAUUCGUCUUUGGUUGGUAUCUCACAAUUAAUUUCCAAGUUAGUCAUGUCGCUGAAGAUCUCAAAUUCUUUGCUACCCCUGAAAGACCAGAUGAACCAUCUCAAAUCAAUGAAGAUUGGGCAAUCCUUCAACUUAAAACUACUCAAGAUUAUGGUCAUGGUUCACUCCUUUGUACCUUUUUUAGUGGUUCUUUAAAUCAUCAAGUUGUUCAUCAUUUAUUCCCAUCAAUUGCUCAAGAUUUCUACCCACAACUUGUACCAAUUGUAAAAGAAGUUUGUAAAGAACAUAACAUUACUUACCACAUUAAACCAAACUUCACUGAAGCUAUUAUGUCACACAUUAAUUACCUUUACAAAAUGGGUAAUGAUCCAGAUUAUGUUAAAAAACCAUUAGCCUCAAAAGAUGAUUAA